UGCUCGCGUUAAGACGAGAGCCAUGCGCGUGUUUGUACAACGAAUUACCCCUUUUCUCUGCAGGAACUUGACUCUGCCGACACGAUAUAUCCUUCCAAUGACCAUUGCGAGUCGUCUGCAGCGCGCGUCCGCUUGUCGUAAUAAUCACUUAUGGGCACGCGCGCGCUUCUCAGCCACUCGACAAAGGAUAGACGACUGUCGACGUGCUCCUAUAAAACAAAUGAGGAGUGCAGUGAAGUACAAUAGUGAGCGUUACAUCGCUGUCUGAUUCGACGUGACUGUCGACUACUGCGGAACAACUUCAUAAAACUCGACACGAAGAUUUACGAGGAACUAUCCGUGGGAAAGAAAAGAAUUAUUUGAGCUUCCUGCGAUCUUCGAUGAUCUUCUUGAUUGGUUAUCUUAAGAAAGAAUUAUUAUUCGUGAAUGAGUUCUGCGGCAGUUAAUCUAUCGACCAUGCCUGCUGAUUUCUUACUUCGUGUAUCUCGUCACGCCAGCGGCUAAUCGAGGAUCGCGAGUGCAUUUUCGUGCAAAGAAAAAAAGGAAAGGCUGUUCGAGAUGAAACUACUGUCGGCUACCCCGAAACACCUGUCCGACGCGAUGGCGUCGCUGACGAGUCUGAAGUAUCUGUUAGGACUUCGUGCUUUUCAGUAUCCUCGAGGAAAAUCAGGCACCGUGCUCAGCCUGAUCUAUCUCCUGAUCCUAUUCUGCAUUUUCUGCGUGGCUGCAAACGAGCAGCAUAAAUUCUACGCGCACAUCAAGCUGUUAAAGCUGGAAUAUGUCUUGUACCAAUUAAUGGUGUACGUGAAAGCUUUCUUCGUCACGUGUGAAAUGGUCCUUAGUUGGUUCUACACGAAGAGACUCAACGACUGCUAUAGAAAAAUCGCCCAAGUCGACGAGACAUUGCGACAACUUGGAUCAAUGUUUAGCUACAGAGAAAUAUAUUUCUUGACGAUCGGCAUUAUAAUCAUCUGGUUCUUAUACAACGGCAUCUUAAGCAUCGUGCUGAUUUUGCAAUUAUGCGUGGAUACAGAAACUACGAGUUGGCUAAUGAUGGAUCAGAUAUAUGGAAUAAACAUCAGUUUUAUCGUCGUCUUGGAAUUCACAAUAUUCGUGAAAUGUCUGCAAAUGAAAUUCAAAUUAGUUAAUGAACUCCUGAGCGAAGGCGCGGCUUUGUCAACGACGGAAGGAAUGAAACUGGGUCUCUUUGCUGCAGAGGAUUACGCUAAUAUGAUGGACGCCAAGCAGCACAAGCACAUUCUUUCUAUAAAGGUGUUGUCGCAGGUGAAUCGGCAGCUGCAGUCCCGAAUACGAAGUUCUAUAUUGAAAAAACGUAAUGCUGUGAAAUCGCGCACUCAGUCUCGCCUUCCGUCUCAACUCCAAAAGCAGUUCCAGAUGGAACUUCAGAGUCAAUCCGGAAGCCAAACCGGGGAUAACUCGAUCCGGAGAUCCGUUAUAAACGCAGGAUGCCAACAACGCCGACACUUGUUGCAAACGAUCAAACAGGUACAUCUGGAAUUGUGCAGAGUAUCAAAAACGUUGUGCAGCAACUUCGGCAUGCAAAUCGCUUCGGAAAUCGCAAUAUCCAUUAUGUACAUCACUGGAAGUUUAUAUAAUUUGUACAUCCAUUUCAUGCAACAGAAAACCAACUAUAACAACAGCUUCUUGGAUGAAGCAUCUGUUGUAAUCACGAUGGGGAUAAUUGAAGUUGUAAAGAUCAUUUUUAUAACUCGUGUUUGUAAGAAUGCGACCAACGAGGGAAAGAAAACUACCGAGAUCAUUCACGCGAUUUACAAGUUCUGCGAGGAUAUCGAAAUACAAGAAGAGAUUCAACAGUUUGGUCUUCAAAUAUCGCAGAGCCCGGUGAAUUUUUUCGCGUUUGGUAUCUCCUUGAAUUACCAAGUGCUAAGCACGUGCUUGAAAACUGUCACGACUUACUUGGUUAUCAUGAUACAGGUGAGCAAUUCGCUGGAGUCGAGUAAAAACAUUCGAGAGACUAAUUACUAGAAGUAAUUAGAGAUAACAAGUAACUAUAUAUUAUAGGAUUUCUCCGUGUAUAAAAAAUCAAUAAUAUAUAUAUAUAUAUAUAUAUAUAUAUAUAUAUAUAUAUAUAUAUGUAUGUAUGUAUACAAACAUAUAUCUUUGUAAAAUAGAAACCAUAAAGUAGCGACGCGGUAAUUCGAAAAACAGGAAGUAAAUCAUUUCGCAGCUUUUCUCGUCCAAUUUUGCAAUUAAAAAUUCGAGUAAGGCAGUUCUCAAUGUAGCUUUAGCUCAAUCCUUUGAUUGUUCAUUACGACAUUAACUGUGGCAGGAGCUGUCAGCUGUGAACGUGUUACACGAUUGUAUAAACGUGUAUUCAAAAAGUACAUGUUAUUACAUAACGUAUGUAUUCAUUUCAUCUUGAUCUUUACCAUUCAUUACCCUUUAUUGCUACAACGUUCGUACCGUUAUCAAGAUCCAUAAUGGAAUGUACAACCCCUCAAACUCUACAAUACUUGCUCACGAAUUAUAAUGUUACUACCGAAUUACGCGAUAAUUACACGUUGUGUAAUUACAAUGUUACUCAAUCCAUGAAA